UGUCAAAUUAACAACAAAGCAGUAAAGAACAUUCGAGCAUCCAGUACCUUACCUUGGCGAGCCACCGACAAAGUUCCAUCCAAUGCCAUGUUAUGUUCCUAGCUACCGAUUCUACUUGGUUGAUUCUCUAUUAAUGGAAGGAUUACAGGUGUUGUUUGAGUUUGUUCAACCAUGGUUAAAAUAGCAGUUAUUGGAGCAGGAGUUGUUGGCUUGUCUACAGCUAUCAAUAUACAAGAAUUAAUACCAACUGCAACUGUCACUUUAUUUGCUGAUAAGUUUGAAAAGGAUACUACCAGUUGGGGGGCUGGGGGCCUUUUCCGACCGACAUUUCAUCACAUUAAAGGCGAUAAAGAAUUGAUAAGGAGAUGGGUUGAAGCAUCAUGGAAUUUUUAUUCAGCUAAAGCAUUAUCGAGUGAAAGCAAGGAAAUUGGAGCAUUUGUUAUUGAUGGCUAUAGUUUUUCUUCAAAAAAAGAGGCAGAUCCAUUAAUAGAAUCAGUAGCCUUUCAUGUUAGACUUUUGUCAGAUAAAGAAAAAGAAUGCAGGGGUUUUAGAUAUCCUUAUGUUCAUUUAAUAUCAACUAUUAGCAUAUCACCUGGUCAGUUAUUGCCAUAUUUGAUGCGAAGAUUUCAACAGCAAGGUGGCACAUCUUAUUUUAGGACUGUUGCAAGUUUGGAAGAGUUUGUAGGUAAAUUUGAUAUAGUUGUAAACUGUACUGCUCUUGCUUGUCGUCAGUUGAUUGGUGAUGAAUCAAUUUUUCCCGUUCGUGGACAGCUGAGGAGGGUGAGAGCGCCAUGGAUAAAACAUUGGUAUUUAACAGAAGAUGACACAUAUCUUAUACCACAGGCUAAUGGAGAGGUUACAUUGGGUGGAUGUCGUCAAAAAGGAAAUUAUCAUCUUGAGGUAGAUAAACAGUUUUCAGAAGAUAUAAGUAAAAGAUGUGAACAACUUGUUCCCGGUGUAACGAGUGCUGAAGUAAUAUUUGAUUGGGUAGGACUUCGACCAACAAGAGAACCAAUACGUGUAGAGAAAGAACUCAUGGAUUUCAAUGGCAAUAAACUUAGGGUUGUACAUAAUUAUGGUCAUGGAGCUAAUGGUAUUUCUCUUUCUUGGGGAACUGCAGUAGAUGCAGCUGAAUUAGUAAAAGAUUGGACCAGACAAAUGUCAUUUACCUCCCGGCUGUAAGAAGUGAAUAAGCAUGCUGUUUUAUAUUAAUUUCACACAAAAUAUAUAUUAUGCUUAGUCUGCUUACUGGUGAUAGAAGUAUAUAUUUAUGACUUGAGGCUUAUUCAUUUGAUUACUUUACAACCGAACCGUGAAACAUUGUCUUAUGUGUUCUUUUCAUCUUAGAUUUGGUAUAUAUUAAAUUCUUUCAAUGGUUGCUAAGAUAUGCUCAACGUAGGAUGGUGGAUACUAGUCACAUCAGUAUGACCACCAUACUUUUUGUUUUUACUAUUUUUUAUACGCCCACAUGGAAAUGUGGUUGUAUAUUGUCGUCGCCCCCGUCCGUCGUCCACAAUUUCUUGUGAACACUCCACAGACUACAUUUAUCAUCGGAUUGUUUUGAAAUUGAUAUAUUUUGUUUGCAUUAGUGAGAUUAAAGAAGCCUAUUUAAUUUCAAUAACUUCCGUUAAUUUCUUCUGGAGUUAUGGCUCUUGUUUCACCUUGUGAACGACAAAAGUUAUCAUCUGAUCUGUAUAAAAUUUAUAUGCAUCGUUUGAAUUAGCAAAACAAAAAAGCCUAUUGAAUUUAAGCAAUUUCCGUUAAUUUUUAGAGUUAUGGCCCUUGUUUCACUUUGUUGCAACUUGUGAACACUCUAAUGACAACAGUUAUCAUCCGAUCUGUAUGAAAUUUAUAUGCAUCAUUUAAAUUAGUGAAAUGAAGAAGCCUAUUGAAUUUCAGCAAUUUCCGACAGUUACUUCUAGAGUUAUGGCCCUUGUUUUACUUCGUUGAACGUUCGAACGACAAAAGUUAUCAUCCGAUCUGUAUGAAAUUUAUAUGCAUUAUUUGAAUUAGUAAAACGAAAAAGCCUGUCGAAUUUCAACAAUUUCUGUAGAUUACUUCCUGAGUUAAGGCCCUUGUUUUAGUUUUUAGAACCUUGUGAACCCUCAAUUACCUUCAAAAGAAUAAAUAUGCGACAACCCUUAUCGACCGCUCUGACAAUUUAGCUGCUGUGGGCGUAUGUUUUGUUGCCUGGCAACCUUUCUUAAUUUUUAUAAUUUGUUAUAUUUAGGAUAGUCUAUUCCGCUGUUAAUUUCCCACCUAACAUUUUAUUCCUGGUUAAAUCUCAAAUGCCUUUUUCAGUUAUUACUGUAUGCAGCUCACAUUCAACCAUGUUCAGUGCACAUUUACUAUGCAAAUAUUUAUAAUCCAUUUGUGUCUUACCUAGACCAUGUGAUAAGUUUUUAUAUGCCCACAUUGAAAUGUUUUUGCAUAUUGCCGCUCUCCCUCGUCCAUCAUCCUCAAAUUCUUGUGAACAGUCUACUGACUACAUUUAUUUUGAUUUAAAUUUGUAAAACAAAGAAACCUAUUAAAUUUUAACAAUUUCCAUUAAUUACUUCUAGACUUGAUUUGGGUAACUUAUCAUUGAGCGCUUGAUGUACAAGUUGAUAAACUUUAUAAAGAGUUAGACAUAAAACACUUUCUGAGAUAAAAAUGACGAUAAAAGACGUGGGUAGUGGAUAAUCUGAGAAUUUAAUUAGGAUUCGAUAUUUGUAAUAAAUAGUAAGCGAUUAAAGACAACAUCGUCUUAUGUAUGCAAUGAAUUCUCCUCUGAUGUCCGAGAGAGGUAAGUCACGUGACAUAAACAUGACCUGGUUUGAUUGAAUUUUUAUAGCAGGGCAUUCCUUGGCAAUUACAAUGUUUGAGAAGGAUUUGAAGCAAAAUUAUGACAAAUUAGUUUGAAUAUGUUUUUAGUCCAUAUAUACCAUUAAAUCACCCAGUUUGUACGCGGGAAUGUAUCUUUAAGCCUCUUAAAAAUUAGCAAGAAAAUUUACCAGUAAGUGUAAUAUUUUAUUCUAACUUGUCCUUGGAUAUUCAUAUCAACAAUAUUUGUAAAAUUGGUUAUUAUAUCAUCUCAGAAACAUUAGAAAAAUACACAAAAAAGUCUAACAAUUGACACUACAAAUACCUUGAUUUGUUCACUAGUCACUUCUCAUUUAAAUUUGUUUAAUUCUUUGUAAUUCCAUGUAUUCAUGGGAGAAAAGCGAGAUUUCAAGACAUAAUAUAGUUUAAUUUUGUUCAAAUUAGUUCUACACUACGAUCAGUACAAAGUUUACAAAUUUUUAGAGAAAUCCACUAAUUAUGGAUAUGAAAUUCACUGAGCAUAAUAAUGCAGUUAUUGUCACUGGCAUAAUACAUACUCUGUGUCCUUCACAUCAUAAUUGUCCUUGUUUUUCUCGGUGAAUUCGUGUAGGGAAGUUACCUUUACUGUUCAGUUUAGUUUGUUUAUAAUUUUCACACAAAGGACUUUUCUAGAAAUCGUACCAGAAGUUGUAAUGAUAAAGGGGAGAUAAACUGUAGAUAACUUGUGGAUCAAGAGCACAGUGAUAAUCAAUAAAGACUACAAGAGAGUCAACUCAAGCAUCAUGGAAAACUAUUCAUAAAUUGCAAAAACUACAGCUCGACUUAUAACUAGAACAUCACAUAAAGAUCACAUAACUCUAGUCUUGUAUAAAUUACAUGGGCUACCAAUAGUUUUUAGAAUUGAAUACAAGAUCUUACUACCGGGUAUCAACUUUUAAUCUUGUACCUCCUUAUCCUUCCAAUCAUAACCACAAUUUAUAUUUUACCUUUAUUUAACAGUAUAAAUUACAUGGGCUACCAAUAGUUUUUAGAAUUGAAUACAAGAUCUUACUACCGGGUAUCAACUUUUAAUCUUGUACCUCCUUAUCCUUCCAAUCAUAACCACAAUUUAUAUUUUACCUUUAUUUAACAGUUAAGAUCUUUUUACUUGAUGCAUUUAUAUAUGUUAUUACCAUUUGUUUAUUGUAAAGCGCUUUUGAGCAAUCUUUGUGGAAAUAGGGCUAUAUAAAAAUUCUUAAUUAAAGAUACAUUAUAAUUAUGGGAGAUACUUUUACAUAAACAGUAAGAUCAAUUAUUUUUUUUAUGAAAGGGGACGUUUACAUUUGGUGCUCGUAUUUGUAUAUUUGCAAUUUCCAAUGAAGAGGAUGUUUAUAUUCUUUAUUAUGAUCUAUGCCAAUUAUAAAUUCAAUAAUUUUACCUUUUCAUUUGAAUAAGCAUGUAAUACUUUAGCCAGUGUACCCAAAUACAAUAUUGAUAAUAUAAUAUAUAUUAUUUCUUGAUUAAGUGUUUGUUGAAUUUUUAUUGUUAUAUUAUCUUAUAGUUUAUGUCUGUUCUCAUUUUUAAUCAGUUUCAAUAAUUUGUUGAAAUGAUAAUAUUUUAGCACUACAAACCUCAGAAUGCCUCGUUCGGCAUUUUUGUCCAAACGUGGCAAAAACAUAUUAGAAUUUUUGCCAUAAUUUUGCCAAGUUGUAACGUGGUAAAAACAAAAUGCGACGUUUGUCUGGAGUUCCAAAACAUAUUUUAUUUUUAAAUUGCCAUGUUUUUGGAAUGAGGUAUUUUGUCCAGAAUUAGCCCGUUUUUGCCACGUUUGGACAAAAAUGCCGAACGAGGCAUUCUGAGGUUUAUUGUGUAGAUCUUAUCUGUUUAAUAUUAAUAUACAAUAAAAUAGUAAUCUUUA